AAAUAUUGACAGUUUCAUUCGAUGAAUAAGAGAACUAGGUUAUUGUAAGUGAGCAGAUCUCUGCUAUACUAAGCUGAAAGUUUUUAAACUAUUUAAAUAUUGUAGCAUGGAUGUUUCAAAAUAAUUUCAAGUCUUUGGUAACUUCCAUACCAUAGUGUAGGAGCAAUAUCAAAUAGGAUUUGUCAUAUGAUUUUAUUAAGCCUACAUAAGAACUAUGCUGUAUAAUCUUUAUUUUAGGUAUCAACCAGCCCACAAUUGCAACUAACUAAAAUAUUCGAGAACUAUUAGUAUGCAGUUGCCAUACUAGACACAUGGUAACAGCAACCUACUGUUUACAGUUAUCUCAGCAUUUUCUGGGAUUCUAUUGUAAACCUACCUAUGAUGGACGAGCCGUAAAAAAUAAAUGUUUUUCAUAUCCUCAUUAGUCCUCACCGCAAAGGUCACCUUUCUUAUUGGCACAUGUUGUUUUCCAUUUUUGUGAAUACUUCCAAGUCCUUCUUAGGGUUGUACUGGAAGCUAUUUACUGUAUUUCUUUAGACACAAAAAUGUUCGUCGUGACACCGGAUUGCGCCGACAGCCGGCGACUUUUUAGUCCUGUGUUUUCAUCACUGACUUAAAAUGGUGGCAGUAGGUUGUGGUAGUAGUAGGUGUUGUGUGGUGUAAUGAACAAUGGGGAUUGUGUGUUAUUUUUAAUUGUUUGCACUUCGAAAAUUAUGUAACAUAGCUUGUCGUGGAAAUUGGUGUAUGCAAAAUGAGCGCCGGGUAUAAUUCUUCGGAAGUUUGUCGUUUAUGCACGACUGGCGGUGGGCUGAGGAUGCACAUAUUUGACAAGGAAGGGGAACAAAGACAGCUGCUCUUCAAAAUUAAAUCGUGCUUACCUAUCAUGAUAUCAAAGGAAGAUACUCUUCCAAAGAAAAUAUGUUACCGCUGUGCAUACAAGCUGGAUAUGUUCUACGAGUUCCGAUUGAGUUGUCUGAAUUCUGAGAACAUGUUGAAGAAUGUAACAGAGAAGCAAUUACCUGUCGAGAAUGGACAGAGAGAUGAGGUGCAAGUAAAGUCUGAAAAAAUGGAAGAAGUGCAGAAAUCUACUUACACAGAAGCAAUGCAGCAGCAUAUGGCGCAGAUAAAUGCAAUGCAUUGUAAACCUCAGCAAGAUGAUAAGUCUUCCGACAGAAAUGCCGGACAGAAAAAUCCAAAUUGUCAGAACGGUACCCGCUUGCCUGAGUACCCAACAACACUUAAAGUUCCGCAGGUUUCUCAACCAAAUCCAGAUAUUUAUGGCAGUAAACAAGCAUCGGAACCGACAUUUGUUAUUCCCGACGAUGGUUUGGGAUUCGAUGACGGCGUUAGAGUUCUCAGAGCUUUGGGUACAUGGUCACCUGAUUACACUAACAGUUUGGGCCGUACUGGAAUGCUACAUGUACCAGAACAGCACUAUGGGGAAGUAGCAAAUAGUGUCAGUAAUGGUAGUUAUGGUCCUCAAAGGAAAGUAUCUCCCUCCACAACUAACCGAAGCAAAGGAGCUUCAAAAGGUGAUGGUGCUAACAGUUCUUCCAGUAAGAGCUUUGCCUGUACAGUCUGUGGUAAGGGAUUAGCUCGUAAGGACAAAUUAGUUAUUCAUAUGCGCAUCCAUACCGGUGAGAAACCGUAUAUUUGUGAAGUGUGUAAUAAGGCAUUUGCUCGCCGUGAUAAACUAGUGAUUCAUAUGAACAAAAUGAAACAUAGAACACCAACCAACAUAGCCCCUUUAGGCAAACGUUCAAUAGUACCUGACAAGAAUGGUAUGUUGAUGCAACAACAGCACCAGCAGCAGCAACAACAGCAGCCAUCACAGUCACAGCAGCAACCACAGCCUCAGCCCCCACCACACCAGCAGCCUCAGCAGCAACAGUCACCACAACAGUCACUUGUUACAGAUAAGAAAUCAUUAUCAGUGAAAUGUGAAGAUGAUGAUAUACCUAGAGGUCUUCCUCUGCCUCCUCCACAACAGCAGAACAUUAGUUGGAGCUGUGAACUUUGUGGUCGUAUGUUCUCAACUCGAGAUGAUUGGAUGGCACAUGCAAAAAGUCAUCUAGACGACAAAAUGAUUAGUAACAUGCAUCAUCCACAACAGCAUCUUAGCAAUGGAAAUCCGUGUAGCAGUAGUGUUGUAGUCCCCACAUCAGUGCCUGCACCACCAGCUCCUUAUUUUUCCCCUCAUGUACCACACCAUGUGCAACCAUAUGGUGCUAGUGCACCAGAAAGGCAUUUUUGCUUAGUAUGUCGCCAAGACUUCACGAAUAAGACUGAUUUUAUGUUCCAUGUGCGUACUCAUUUUGUUGAAGGGAAGCCACCAGAGUUUGACAUGCUUGGCAAGAGUAAUCUUGUGGAUGGAUCUGGUCUGUGCACUUGAACGUUAAAUAUAUGUAAUUACAUACUAUUUUUACAAUGGAAAAUUUUGUAUUGUUUGCAGAUAUUUAGUGCAAUGUGUACUGUCUUUUUAUGAAGGACACUAUUUUUUAUGUCAUGUGGAAUGUAUACUAAUAAUUCAUAGUUGUUUUAUAGCAUUUUCUGUGUGCUGUGGGUAAUUGUCGUGGCCCUAAUUAUGUUGCAGGAAAUUCAGUUGGCUAAAUGAUUGACAGGUUUUUAUGAUAAGACUUUUUGAGCUAUAUUAUUUUUAUACUAGUUAUCCGGUCAUUGUUCCUACAAUCUCCUGAAUUGAUUAAUUGCUUCAGUUUUUUUGAGUGUCAUUUGCUGUGAUGUGGUUACAUAUAUCUUUUUUAUAAUUACAGUGUAGUUAAAGUUGCAGCAUGGUUGCGAGUUGGUGUCUUUUAGAAACUAGUUGGCUAUGAAAAUCUUUGAAUUUUAAGUUUUGAAAAAGUGUUGAUCACCUAAUUUUAUAGUUGGUGUAAUAGUAAGGCCCUGAGAACAAGAGAGUAUUUCCGUAAUGUAAUACAUAUCAACGCUAUGAGUACACCUAACAAAAAUCUUUCCUCUAUCAAGUUUGAAAACUGGUUUCAAUAAGACAAUCAAUAUGGUUUAGUAAUCUCUGAAACUUUCUCAUUGAUCAAAAACUGGACAAUAGUAUGUUGGUUACAGAUUUGUUAACAAAUAAUCCUUUAUACAGAUGUUGUACCAACACAGGGUAAAAUUUGAUUUAAACAAUGUAAUGGAUGAAAGCUUUGAAUUGGAUGGGUAAAAGCAUUGGGAACAUAAUUGAUUCCAUGGUAAGUUGUAAAGUGUGUGAAUGUACUUUUACAACACAUACUAUUUUUCAGUAGGCCAGCAAUUAUACUUCUGUUGUUCAAUGAAACUGCAGAAGACUUUGAUCAGAAUAAGGACUAACAUCUGUGAAUAACUUCUUUCCUAAUUUAUUUCUAUUAAAUUGUGUGUACGAUGAUGUGUUGCUACUUGGAAAUGGAUUUUUCCAGUGCAUGUAACAGUCUUCCUCACUCUGGUGCUUGUUCCUGUAAUGUGCAGUUUUAUGUAUUUAAUUUUAUUGUGUUGUGGAUAUUAGUUAUCUUUAUCUUUAUUUGAAUGUUUUAUUGUGUUGUCUUUUUUAUACACUUUAUUGUGUAAAUGUGUUCCUUCUCAGAUAAGUUGUAUACUUGAGUCAAAAAUUAUAGAUACUACAUAGUUAUUUAGUUACUUACUUGAAAAAGAGUGAUUAAUUACAAAGACUGAAAAGAUGUUGCAUUGUUUUUCUUUACAAUCAAUUUUUUUAGAAGGCUACGUUUAGUGAAAAAUUAUUUUAUGAGGUAUAUGGCAGGUGUACUGCAGAAUUUUCUUUGCAGUGACAUUCUAUUGUGUGUGUGUGUGUUUUAUCAUUAUGAGACAUAUCACUUCAGAGUUUUCUCUUAACUGAACAUCAGAUUCUCUUAAUUUUUGCAGCUAAGAAUAGCUAAUAGCUUUCUUACAUACAAUUUUGUUCGCAGUUGUCAGAAUUAUAUGUUUUCCUGCUUCAGAUAUGCCACAACCUCAAGGACUUGACAAAUAUUGAUCAUUAUUUAACUAUCUGUGGCUUAAAAUUUUCGUUGUUGAUUUAUUAACAGAUGAUUCCUCUUACAGCACAUUCGAACUUUAUCCCUAAUGCAAAGCUUCAUUCUAUUGUCAUGUGUAAUGUAAACACUAAUCGAAUUAUAUGAGGCUAUACAUUUCCAAUAUUGCAUACUUUAAAACAACAUGAUAGAAAUUUUAACUGCCUUCAGAUAAAUUUCCUGAGCAAUCAACAUGCACAGAUCUUUAUUGAGAGCACUGCUGUGAAAUGUAAUGGCUGAUGACAUGGCAUGAUUUGAUUUACCAUUGAAAGAUUAUGAUAGCAUUUUUCUGUCACUGUCAUCUGUAACUUAUCUUGCUGAUAUGAAAUAUACUCACUGCCUUCAUCAUUAGGAAGAGGCAGCAAGUAAAGUAAAGAAAUUAGUACCGCAUUCUUGACCUCUGAGGUGUUGUAGGUGGAAUCUAUGUAUACCCUAAGAUAUAACUGAAGUGGAAAACAAUGAUCUCUUUUUAAAUAACAGUUUUUCUUGGCUGUAAAGCACUGUGUCAAAAGAAAUGUAAUUUGAAAUGUAAAAUGUUCUGGCAUUGGUUUUGUAUGUAUGUCUGGAGAACUGCAGGAUCUGAGGAUUGGUUUCUCCCUUUUGUGUUCCUAUUAUAGUUGACAGUGACUUAACGAUUCAGCUUCAGGUGGACAGUGUCUGUGUGCAGCUGACAGCUGUCUGUCUGUCUGUCUGUCUGAUGAUGAUGAUGAUGAUUAUUAUUGUUUGAUUCAGUGAUAUUUGACUUCCAGCAGUCUAUUUGUUGGGAUUUUUUGUGGAGUAGUGUAAGUUAUUGUUGUUACUAUUAUUGUUAUUGUUGGACGUCUCAUAAUGUGUUGAUAAUAUGUGUUAAUUUACAUUAUUUCAGGCUGUAACACAGUUGCUUUGUUCCUGUGACUAAUGUUUUGUGCCAGUCAUUUCCUGUCAAAUUUUGUGAUAGCUAAGACAUAUAUCUGCUUUAUUUGCCCCCUCUUAAUAACAACUUGUGGAGAUAUGCUGAUAAUCUUCUUGUUGAGUACCCCUAAUCCACACGUGGAAGUAAAGGUGCAGAAUACUUGUUAGUUGUGCACAUACUCUCAUGCUUACCCGUUACGGCCAUAAAGCCAAGCAGACGUCAUAGGUCUUCAGAAUAUGUAUUAGAUAAUUUAUCUUUCUAGAUCCACCAGAGCAGGAUGUUAAACUUUGUUUUAUUCAUUUCAUCUUUUAUACCUAUAGGAGUAUUCUUGUGUAAUAUUUAAAUCAAGCCUGCUGCUGUUUCCACACAUAUAUCAAUUUGUAUAGUCUAUGACUGUUUUUAUUCAGUUUAACAUAUUUGAACUAUAGUGGCUGUCGCGAAAAUAGGCACAUCAAGGUCAUCUCACUUUGUUUCACUGUUGCCAGUUAGAGAUAAUAUCAAAAGUUAGUAAAAAUUGAAAAAAAAAAAAAGACUGACAUGUCUGUUUUUGGUCUAGAACAUGAUGCAGUAGAUUAUAAAAGAAAAUUCUUUCCAGCUACUACAGAAAAAACACAUUAAUAUUACAAGAAAUUUUAAAGAAAAAUAAUUUUUUACUUCAGUCUGUCCAUAAGACAGAACCACUGACAUUUUUGGACUGAAAAAUAUAUGAAAUUCUGAAAGAUUAGAGAUGCAUGUAGUACAAAUUUUAUAAUGAAAACAUGAAAGUAUUCAUUGGUGUGAAACUCUUCCGCCCAUGUAACGAAAAAUGUCGUCACUGGUGAAUUUGUGUUCUGUUGGACUUAGUAGAAACUUCCCCUAAGAAAACUAUAAAAUUAAUUUUGGUAACCUUGGAGACGUCAUUAUUGUAUGAUUUGACUUAAGAGACUCCGUGCCGGGAUUGUUCCUUUCAAAGGGCACGGCCAACUUCCUUCCCCGUCCUUCCCUACUCCGAUGAGACUGAUGACCUCGCUGUCUGGUCUCCUUCCCCAAAACAACCAAUCAACCAAGAGACUCCGUGCGCAACAGUACGCGAGUACUUAAGUGCCGCUGCCAGGAUUUUUGUUCAGGCGGCUCACCUUAAUAUGCCAAGAGUAUUCUCUACCAUCUGAAUUUUUUUUUAAUUUUUAUCUCCUACUGACCAUUCAUCACAGCAAAUCGUCACCCAGUUUGCUGAUACACACUACAGAAAAGUAACUUUAAGUACUUACAGACCACUACUUCUGUUGAAGUCAAGCAAAAUACUUUUUUCUGUAUGAUUCUGUGAAACUGAAGUUUUAUCACAGUAUACUCAAUCGUCUCCAGCAAGCAAUAAGUACGUUGUACUCAGAACUUCAUUAUUGCAGCUGCGGUAUCUCUAAAUUCCAUUAACAAUUUUCAUCCAACCUUACACUUUCGGGGGCGGGGGAUACCGAGUGAGUGGAGAAGAUAAACAAUGGAGGCCUCUGAGCCAGAAUAAUUUUUUUCCACCUAGAUCACCCUGCAGUUUUCUAGCUGUCGGGUACUCUGAUCAAUUGCGGUAUCUGAGUGUAGUUCUACACACUAACUUUUUUUAUCAAAAUCAUAAAAAAAUGUACAUUUCCAUUUUCUUUUAUAUCCCUUUCUUGGAGAAUCAAAACACAUGCUCACACUUAGAGACUAUUCUAAGGCUACUACACUCUUCACAUUCAUAGAGUUGAUUCUAAAAUAUCAAAAGGUUUUCUGUCAUUUUGUGAACUUGUGCAAAAUUUGUGUUAUUUCUAGUUUCUUCACUGUUAGCAGGAUCAGUAAACAACUCCAGUGCAUUCAACAUUGCUUCUGCAUUUUUUCACUACUACACACAUGCCAAUGCACCAUUUCACGGAAGACUGAAACCACACGCGAACACACAGUACCGAUGGAUAAACAUAACAUUGAGCUAAUACUGACCUGCUGCACAGCUAGCAGUGUGACAACAAAGCUGUGAGGUGGGCGAAUAACAGCUUUUAAAUUCUGCGGACUGCAGACAGCGGGUGAAACCUUGAGGUGGCUUAAUUUCGUGAUGGUCACUCUAGUCUUCAUAUACAAAUUUCGUUGAAGUAAAGCCUUCAGCCUCUCCUGUGGCUUAUUUAAAGCACACAAUUUUGUUUGGUUGUUCUGCAAAAUUACUUAUUCUUACAUUAUUACAAAUAAAACAUUUAAUCUUUUAGCUGACAUUACUGCUGUUUGAUUUAGUAACUGUCCUGUCGAGUCACAAACAGCUGUACACGUACUUACAAUGUUAAAAACACGGAACGUUGGUUAAUCUCCCAGUGGUUAAGAUCCUUUCAGUUGAAUACUAGUUUGCCCUGUUUUUAGUUGUUUGCAUAUUGUUUUCCAAUCCGUGGAAUACUAACAUCUCAAAAUAUGCUUAACAAUACACACACAUUAUAAUUGUUUCAAGUUUAACUCCUAUGUUAACAAUUACUGUCUGUUCCAAUUGAAUGUACAUGGGUACCAGGGGAAAAUUAUUGUUUAUAUAAUGUGGGCAUGUUUUGAUACACAUGUUAGAACUUGUGUCUGAAGAUGGACAGUUUUUACCGUAAUGCAAGAGAAACAGUGAAAGGCCCUACUCAUAAUUAAAAGUGAAUACUGAACCCCAAAAAGUAGAAUUAAUUUGUAUUUUGUCCAUAGUAUAUGAUCUAAGUAAAAUUUCUUAAAGGAAGUUUGAAGUAUAUUUAUUGAGACAUUGAAAAUGAUUCUAAUUAUGCUCAUGGUAUAAUUAAUUUCUUAAAACCCAAGAAUUGUACUAAAGGUAGCUAAUGUUAAAAAUUCUCUUUUACUGUAGCUAACAGUAAUGUGUGACAGGUUUUUUCAUCAAUAAUAUGCCUUUGAAGUGGUCCAUUGUGUGGAAAUUGUGUGUUUGAAUUAUGUUUAAUACUAAACAAAUGUCAACUUGAUAACUAAUUUACUUCAAAUGUAAGGUGAUGCCAUUAUAAAUGAAUGGCUUGAGAACCCUAAACAUUCAUCUUGCUGAUGCAUAGAGGUUGUAGUUUUGAACCUGAGGGACACAGUAUGUUAGAAGGCAAAAUUCCCAGUAACUUGAUUCUGUAAACAUCUACUAACAUUUCUGUCACAGUUACAGUCAUGUCUUGUAAAUGGUUUACUAGCAAUACUGGCCUAACAGGGACAAACUGUGACUGUUAUGGAAUCACUUGCUGGGUUUUAUUGCUACUGUUGAUUUUAAUAGGAAUGUGUUAGGUAACACUUAAAUUUUUGCGUCGACCCAUGUUACUUGCAUCUAGAAAUCUCUCUCUCUCUCUCUCUCUCUCUCUCUCUCUCUCUCUCUCUCUCUCUCUCUCUCUCUCUCUCUCUCUCUCUCUCUGUCCCGCUCCCCCUCCCUCUCAUUCCUCCCCCCCCCCCCCCUCCCACACGCAGAUACGAAAAUAUGAAAUUAAAAAUUUAUGUGAAAUUGAACUAGCUACUUGUCACAGUAACCACAUCGAUAUCUGUGUCUUAUCUGUUGUGAUGAAUGAAUAUUUAUGCAAAGACUUGAAGUUGGAUUUCCUGCUUUUUGUUAACAGUCAAAAUAUCAUUAGACUCCCCGAAGCGCACCUUCUGGACUGACAAAUAUAAUUUGUGUCUGGCCAGAUGGUAUGCUAGAAAAACUGAAAGAUAAAGCAGCUGCGCAUGAAAAGCGGAAAGUCCACAUUUGAAUCUGGUCCCAACGUAUAUUUUCAACUAUCAUAACAAAUACGUAUAAUUCAUGUAGCAUGAGGUAUCAGCAGUUGGAGUAGAGUAUAGAUAAUAUAUUGAUUAGGUGUCGACAGUCAUUUCGAGGUGUGUGUGUGUGUGUGUGUGUGUGUGUGUGUGUGUGUGUGUGUGUGUGUGCGCGCGCGCGCUGUGUUUUCGUAAUUUCAUGAAUAAACUGAAAUAAGAUAAAUCUGAAAAGUAAUGAUAAGAACAAAUUUUCAUAAAUUGAAAAUCAAAUGUAUGUAUUCUCUUGAUUAGUCAAAACUUUUGUCAAUUUGAAUACAUGAAAAUACUAAUGACUAAACUCAACAAGUCUAGCAUCUACCUCAUAUAAUCAUAGGAUGCACUUAUUAAUUUUGUGCAGUGUACAAUUAAAACUAGAAAGAGAUUACCAAGCAGUCCAAUCACUUUUUCUGAGGACCACUGCUCAGCUUACUGUAGAUUUAAAGUGAAUCUCAGCUUGGACCAUAAUUUUUCAUCAGUUUAUGGUGUAAAAAUACAUGCUGACAACCUUACUUCGUAUUUGUUUUGAAGAUACAGUGCCAUAUUAUACAUACAAUUUUGAACUAGAGUGUGUGAUUUGUCUUGUUCUUACAACAUCUGUUUCAUCCAGUGUGGCUCUUUCUGUGUACCCCUUUUACCAUAUCCAAUAAUGAAAAACUGCAGCAUUCUUGGCUGCUGGAGUGGAGUUAUUGGAAAGUAAUUCAAGUAAUGUGCAAAGUACGGAAAAGUGUGUGUGUGUGUGUGUGU